UAAGUCGAAUAUCAACCGUGGAGGAAACGGUUGUGUCGCUUUGUAGCACACCGUGAUUAGUGUAAUAAGAGUCAUUUACGAAGCAACACUGUGUCAAAUUGAACAAAGUAAUCAAGUUAUUACGUUAUUUAGUGUCUGUAAACAAGUAUAGCUUAUCAAUAGCUAAAAUGUCUGUUACUGAAAUAAAAUGUAGACCAAUCCGAUUCAAAUUACGAUUGUUGAGUUCAUUACGUGCGAUAUUAGAUUUGGUUACAAGUUUUUUCUUCAAAUUAUACUAUGGGACAAAAGGAAAGAAGUUACCGCCGAUAACAGAUGACAUUCUUAAGCAACCGGCUGUAGAUGUCGCGAGAAAAAUAAGGACCAAGCAGAUAACCAGCGUCGAUGUUGUUGAAGCUUGUAUACGCAGAAUAAAAGAUAUAAAUCCCAUAUUAAAUUGCUUUGUAGAAAAUCGCUUUGAUUUAGCAUUACAAGAAGCAAAGAAAGCUGAUGAAAUUAUAGGAAGCGGUACUAAGACUGUCGAACAGUUGUUACAAGAGAAGCCCUUUUUGGGUGUUCCAUUUACAACAAAAGAUUGCGUUGCUGUCAAAGAUCUUCAUCAAUCCGCAGGAGUAGUUUUAAGGAAGGACUAUAUAGCUGAAGAAGAUGCCGAAGUAAUUAAGCUGUUAAGACAAAAUGGUGCCAUCAUUAUUGGCUUGACCAAUGUUCCAGAACUUUGUAUGUGGUGGGAAACCUAUAAUAACAUACAUGGCAGAACGAAUAAUCCAUACAAUACUACAAGAAUUGUUGGCGGGUCGUCAGGCGGUGAAGGAUGCAUCCAAGCUGCUGCGGGCAGUUGCUUUGGAAUAGGUUCUGACAUCGGAGGUUCUAUUCGUAUGCCCGCUUAUUUUAAUGGAAUAUUUGGACAUAAGCCCACAAGAAAAGCAGUUUCCAACCAUGGGCAAUACCCAACUUCAGCUACAGAAAUGCAAGACGACUUUUUAUGUAUAGGACCAAUGACAAAAUAUGCUGUUGAUUUAAAACCUAUCCUCAAAAUAAUAUCGGGAGAAAACAGCAAGCAACUUAACUUAGAUAAGCCUGUUGAUGUAGGAAAAAUAAAGAUCUUUCAUCAGUUUAGCAAUAAUGCUCCAAUGGCAAGCAAAGUUGAUCCAGAAAUUAUCACUGCGAUAGAAAAAGUCGUUGAAUAUUUUCAAAUAAAACAUAAAAUUGUAAGUGAAGAGAAAAAAAUUAAACUGCUUGAAAGAUCUUCUCCAAUUUGGUUUGCUACUAUGAAAAGUGACAUACCAUUUGGAUCAUAUAUUAUAAAAGAUUACACUUACUGUUCAAUAUUCCGAGAAUUAAUAAAAAGUUUGUUAGGCUUAUCAGGGAACACUUUGAUAGGGCUAUUUACAGCUUUGGUGGAUUAUGAGGUAGUGGAUCUGGAAAGUGAAAAAUAUAAAUACUAUAGAAGGGUACGUGACAAUUUGGAGGACAUUUUUAAAGAAAUGUUAGGGGAUGAUGGUAUAUUUAUAUAUCCCACUCAUCCAACACCUGCGCCAUACCACAAUCAACCAUUGAUGAGACCUAUGAAUUUCAUAUACACAGCAAUAAUAAACAGCCUUGGCUUCCCCGCCACUACUAUUCCUUUAGGUCUCAACAGUGAAGGGCUUCCGAUUGGAAUACAAGUAAUUGCAAACCACAACAAUGACAGACUGUGUCUGGCUGUCGCUGAGGAAUUAGAAAAAGCAUUUGGAGGGUGGAGAGAACCACAAAGUAAUUAAGAAACACUUUAAAUAAAAUACAUUUUCUUAUAUACAAAUUAUGUCUGUUUGGGUAGGUUUUUGUAAAUCAUUUAAAACCAAAUAUAACUGUAACAUUAUUCAUGAUACAAAAAAAAACAAAACAAAGUAUUUGUUAUUCACUUUAUAUAAAACAGUUAAGAAUUUAUUAUAUACAAAACACGCCACAUCCUAUUUGUGGUGUUUAGGUUUAACCAGUCCAGAUUAAAAUGCAAAUUAAUCAAAUCAAAAUAAAAACAUCAAUAAUAAUUUUAAUAGACAUAUUUU